UGACAUACACAUGACAAUUGGCAUAACAAAAUUGACAAAUCACAAAUCAUAAACAGUAAAUAAAAACAUUGUCUUUUAUAAAAACGUGUUAUUUAGCUCAUUUACAAAUUAUUAAUUGUAAAUGUCAAAGUUCUAAUUUGUACUAAAAUGAAAAUAUCUGAGCUUCCCGGUGAUGAAAACUCUGACUUAACCUGUCGGACUUACGUUAUACAGAAUGAAAGUCACACCCUAGGAAAUGCUUUAAAAUGUAUCAUAAAUAGAUAUGAAGAUGUUCAAUUCUGUGGGUACACAUUACCUCAUCCAGCAGAAUCUAAAAUACAUUUUAGGAUACAAGCGAAUGAAACACCGGCUUUAGAAAUAUUAAAAAGGGGACUACAAGAUCUACAGAAAGUUUGUGACCACACAUUAAAUGUAUUUGAAAAAGAAGUAAAGGAAUUUACUAAAGUUUAGCUAGAUGUAUUUUAUUCAUCCUAGCCUAAGAAUUAAUUAGUAACAGAAAUAAUGACCUGUUCUUAUUGUUAAUGUUAAAAAAUCUUAUUUUUCUUUAUCUUAAUCAGUAUCAAAAGCCUACCACUUAAUAUGCUUCACCCUU